AUGUUACGUGUAACACUUUACAUCGUGUUCUCUUUAUAUUUUGCACAAUAUUCUGUUUAUGCGAAAGUAUUUCCAGUAAUUCACAAUGUUUCGAUGAAAAUCCUGAAUUCCAACUCAUCCGUCCUUAUCAAUGGUUCUUGUGAUGAAUGUCUUUGCAUCAUGCUUAACAAUCCAUUAUCAAUUUCGUCCUUUAAUUGUUUCCGAAAUAAUGCUACAUGCGAAACAUUUUCUCCGAAUGUUACCACACGUUACUUACUAUUGACAAACAAUUUUGAAAGUUCAGUUUAUUUCUCUUCGUUGCCCAUCAACGAUUCAAUCACUAGUGGAGUUCAAACGAUAGGUGAUGUAGCGGAAGGGACCACUAUAACCGCCAAUUGCACAUCACCUACACCAAACAUUAGAAUUCUGGAUGCUUUCUAUGGAGUUCGCGAUGAUUCAGGAUGCCUUUGCCAUCCCACUGGUUGUAUUGAAAUGAAUGUUACUCAAAACGUUACCUCUUACUGUGCGACAAGCUCAGGUAGUUCAACAUGUCAAUUUGUGGUGAAUAAUGUAUUUUUCUCAGAUCCAUGCUACGGCUAUCCGAAGAUCUUUUCAUUGAAAUAUGAUUGUACAAACUGA